AUAUAGAAAUUGAUUCAGUGGACUCUGAAGAUUUUUGUGGAGCUAGCUUUGAAGAUGCAGUAAAUGAUAUAAUUGAAAAAUAUAUUUCACAAUGGCCUAAUGAUACUUAUCAAGAAUUUACAGAAUUAUGUAUCAAAUACGAACUAUCAAACUAA